GAGAUCAGCAGCCGCUCAGCGCUCCAGUCUGUGCGAUCUCUGCUGCAGUGUAGCUCCGCGCCAUGGCUGACGAGGUUGCCAAGGCGCAAAGUGCGCAGCCGGGAGGAGAUACGAUUUUCGGGAAAAUAAUUAGGAAAGAAAUACCAUCUAAAAUAAUCUACGAAGACGAUCAGUGCAUAGCCUUCCAUGAUGUGGCCCCACAGGCUCCUACUCAUUUUUUGGUAGUGCCGAGAAAACCUAUCGCCCAGCUUUCCAAAGCUGAGGACGGUGACGCUGCACUUCUUGGACAUUUGAUGAUCGUCGCAAAGAAGUGUGCAGAGCAGGUCGGAUUACCCAGAGGCUACCGGCUGGUGCUGAAUGAAGGCCCUGAUGGGGGUCAGUCUGUUUACCAUGUCCACAUCCAUGUUCUGGGUGGCCGUCAGAUGGGCUGGCCCCCGGGCUAACCGCUUGAGUCUUAGUCACCACUUCAAGUCACGUCAGUAGUUUGAACAGUAAUCGAACAGUUGUGUGGUGUUUAUGCCAGAUAGCCAUGCUAUUUCUGUAAUGUCACGUUAGUCUGUUAUGAGGAUACAACAGGGAAAACUCAAUAAAUGCACUUACCAUCUCUCA